GCUCUGAUUGGUUGUCAGGUCCUGGCGCCAAAACACCAAGAAGGAAGAGUUGUAAACAACGAGGGGGGAGGUUUCUGCGUAACAUUUCAGUAUUUAUCUACUUUACAGCCGAUUUUGGCCUCAUUUAGGCACAAAGAUGGACACACAGUCGUAUCUUCCCGCACAACCUGGAGUGGGGAUGGAGGAAAAUUUCCUGUCUCUCGAUGAUAUUUUGCUGUCUCAUGAGAGACUUCCCGUCCGGACAGAGUGCAGUUUUCCUCGGCUUGGAUUUCUGGAGAAGUCGAGUGACACACAGGACAUACCGGAGGGCACAAAGAUGGAGCUUCCUCUGUGGCUGUCCAAGGGUCUGUAUGAGAAGAAGAGGAGGGUGCUGUCAGUCGAGCUUCCUAAAGUAUACAAAGAGGGCUGGAGGACCGUGUUCAAUGCUGACUCCAAUGUGGUGGACCUGCAUAAGAUGGGGCCCUACUACUACGGCCUGGGAUCCCAGAUGCUGCACUUUGACAGCCCAGAGAACCCAGAUAUCGCCCAGACGUUGCUGCAGACGUUCAUUGGUCGAUUCCGACGGACCAUGGACUCUUCCCAGAAUGCCUACAACGAGGACACGUCGGCCCUGGUGGAGCGGAUGGACUGUCUGGAGAAGGCGCUGUUCAAGUCAGGGCAGAGCGGCCUCAACGGCUUCCAGAGCUGGGAGAAAGGUCAGGCCUCACAGCUCACCGCCUCUAGUCUGGUACUUAACUACCGCAAGAGGAAGAUAACCGACAUACAGUCCUGACCUCAGCCAACAGCUGGAAGAUUCUGCUUGAGAGCACGGCACCUACAGACUGGCUUACCUGCAUUUUCAUUUUCCAUGGACAAAUCUGUCCUCUACAUCUGAGACAUGUUCUCUGCUGUGGGGAAUCAAUCAAUCCUGCAUGGAGUAAACAUUUGUUUCCUAUUUAUUCUGUCACAUUGUUUGAACUUUAUGUAAACUCAACAGUAUGAUGGUGUGUUCAUUUUGUCAUCACUAAGUAUUUUUCUUUGGACAUUCAGCUGAUCUAUGAGUAUUUGGUUAUUGUAACUCUGAUUGUUGAUUGAUUUUAUUAUAUAGCAAGUGAAGACUCUACAAAUACAAAGAGUUGCUUGUUUUUUUCUGUUUCAUAUCAUUAUAGAUGGGUAACUUUAGGAUUUUUGGCUGAUGGUCAGUAGGGGUGGCUGAUAUGGAUCAAAUUGUCUACCUUGAGAUAUAUAAUUUUAUAUCAUUAAAUAGCAAUAUUACCAUAAAGAA